AGGAGUUGUCGCACGUCAAUAUCUCCUGCGGUAUGGAGCAGAAUCGAGAAACAAUUCGACUGAAUUCUGUACGCAGGAUUGACCCUCAUGUGGUACAGAUUAUGGACAGUGCCAAUCGAACUGCACUGUACUCGUAUGAACAGGGUGGAGAAUCUUGGGCCAAGACAGACGUAGAGGGUACCUUGAUGGUCUACUCUCGAGUGGCUCCACCUCAUUACAUGAUCACCAUCAUUAACAGACUGAACAAAUCCAACUUCAUUGAGCCCCUCUCAUCUGCCUGUGAUAUACAAGUCAAGCCUCCUUAUCUCCUCUUCAGGAAUGCCAAAGCUGUCAUAUAUGGGAUAUGGUUUUCAGAUGCAGAUGACGUACAGCGUAUAGCAGGUGCCAUUCUGGAGCACAUGAAGAGUGAACCUCCACCUGCACCUCAGCCUGCCCCAAACAUAAUGGCUGACCCUGCCAUUGCAGUAGCUGGUGCACCUGGUGGGGAUAUUAUGAGCAUGCUCUCUCGUGCUCAUGGAGAGUUUGAAAGCAAGCGUCAAGAGCCACGUAGCAUUGUAAAUACAGCUACAAGUGCCAAUAAUGAUUUGGUUAAGCCAGCACCUUUAAGAGUUCAAGCCGGGGAGCAAAACACAGUUGCUGAUUUCUUUGCCAAAGUUUCGGGAGCACAGGCUGGUGGAGGAAUGGGGGGCAUUGGAGGCACUGGCUUGCAUUCUCCUUCUGGUUCGGGGCCUCCAGUUUCAACAGCCAAUUCCUCAUCAGGCACUAACCCUGUGUUACAGAAGUUAUUUCAGGGUGCAGCGGCUGUUGGUGGUCAAGCUAUGGUGCAACUUCCUGCUGGGGCACCUGUGCAAGUCCAACAGGGAGUCACUAAUCCUAUUCCUAUUCCUGGUUCAACAUCACAGAAUCAUCCAUCUACAAUAUCAUCAAGUGUUCCAGGGGUAGCACCUAUCUCCCUGCAAGAGUUAGAAGGACGAUUCAAAGAUAAUUUGAGAAUGUCAAACCAAGUUAAAGAAGAGGAUAUAUCCCAUCUUAAUCAGCAUCAAAAACAGCACGAGACAUAUACCCAGCAGAUACCACACUCUGAGCCAUCUCUACUUUCACCACAGGUAUUUACAAGUUCACGAACUUCAGACCCCACUAUGAGUAGUGGAACCCCCCCUGUCGACUCCACUGGUUCCCGCACCUUCCCUGGCCUGCUAACCCCAGGCACCACGGCAGUCAUGGAUAUGAGGCCACUAAAUGGAUCUCAAGAAUCCCUUCAUGAUGGGAUAAUUGGUGGCUCUUCACAAGUGACUCCUUUGACACAGGAACAGUUGGUUCAGGCAUUCACCCUGCUCCUCAAGAAAGACGAUUUUGUUAGACAAUUACAUGAAGCAUAUGUUCAGGCUCUAAAUCAGUCUCUCAAGGGUUGUUUGUAGGUAAACAACAAUAUAAUCGUAGUAAAUUUGUGUCAUUUGGUUUUCCAUGUUGUGCUUUUGCAUUCUCAUGUAAUAGUGCUCAUUAUAAUGUGCAUUCAUGACAGUGAAAUGUAAUUAAAUGGUAGUUAUCUGUCACAUCAAUAUAAAACUAAAUGAAACUUAUAUUUUUAGCAAAGUUUUACAAAAUAUAUACAGAAUGAUGUGUGGAAGAGGAUAUUAGCUUUUUCAUAUGCAGUGUAACACAUGUCUGUGAGUGUUUUGUGUUGUGUCUGCAGUAAUGGAGAGGUAGAAGGUAUUGUAAUUGAGAGUUGCUAUAUAGACUGACAUUUUGUUAAUGGAAAUUCUAUACUGUAAUUUAUUCUGCCUUGUCAGUCAUUUGUGGCACAAACUUUUUCAGAUAACUUGGUAAACAAUAGUUAGAAAUACACUAUAUUCAUGUUAACCCUGCUUAUACCCCGAGGAAAGUCUUUAAACUGUUUUAAAUGUGUAUUAAAACUGAUACUUAUUGAAGAACAUUAUUGGCAAUAUGUAUGGGAAUGAACUCUUAAACUGCCCAAUUCAUUUCCUUUUGCCUUUGGUAAUAUCAAGGCUUUGUGAGGAUAUACCUGUACUAUAGGUUUAUGGAUCUGUGACUACUUUUUACACACAAAAAAAAAUUAUUGUUUUAAUAACUCUGGAGGCGACUUUUAAGAAUUCAGUCUGGCUUAAUUCUUUCUUUAGCAAAAAAGUAAAAGCUUUUUUUACAAACUUUUGUUUGAGUUUCAAUAUAUGCAUGAAGCUCUUUUAUUUCAAAUUAACUUUGAGAAUUGUACCUGACUCAUGGUAUUCUAGGAAAGGCAUUAAAAUUCUUGCUUUUUUACUUGCAAAACAGUUGUUGUCAAAGGUGUUUUUAGAUUGCAGUAUGCAAUAAUUCUGACUUCAGACAUUAUUUGCAUUUUUUAUUCCAAAGAAUAUAUUUUUGAUUAUCAUGUAUAUUACCGUACCGGUUAAUAAGAUCCUUCAGUGUUCCGUUACACUGUAAAGUGAUAUGAUAAAUUUACAUAUACAGUAUAUUAUGACAAAAAUUAUUUUAUUGGGAACAUGUACAGUAUACUGUAGUGGUCAAUUGUUAAUUUUGUUACACUUUUUCCUUUGUAUUGUUAUGGUUAUAAAAACUGUUCCAGGUCUGUAUGAUUCUUUUCCAAAAUGUAUCAUUAUAUUUUCUUCAUUACAGUACACAUACGUGCACGUGAGUUACUGUUUUAGAUGCUCCAAAGGUUCUUGAUAUUUUUAUUAUUAUCCCCCCCCUCUCAAAUAACACAUUUCCAAUCUGGAAAAUUUAAGUACAGUAUAAACCAUAGGAAAAAAUCGAAGGUAUAACAUCCUUGUUAUGACUGUAGGAAACAAAGUGAUCAAGCAACAUUUCUAAAUAAAUUUUUGCCUUCAUGCAGAAGUUAUAAGAGCUAAUAUAUUAUUUGUGUACUGCAUUCUAGCUUGACAUCUGUAACGAGUUCAUGGGGAUAGGACCAGCAUUAGGGAAUUCUUCGUAGGAUUCCGAUAAUUUUUUAUUUUAUGAAAGCAGUGGAUAUGUAUUCUAAGAGAUUAUAUAUUUUAUGAAGUUCAGUAUUUACCAUUUAAAAGUGUCAGCUGUAGACCCUUACUAUAUUUCAUCCGAAUCUUUCAUUGAACAAGCUGAAUGUGAGAAAUUAAUGACUGGGCUAAAGAUUUCUACUGCUGGUCUCGUCAGUACAUGGGUUCCAAGCAGCUUACCAUCUGAGACGUUGAUGAAGUCUGAAUAUACAGCUAUUAUAUAAUGUACAAGUAAACUGCAGAUUAUCAGAAAUAAACUUGUACGAUGUAA